UUUAUCAGGAUCGUAUGAUGAGAAAGGAGGUGGCCAAGAAAUGAUGGGAAAUGAAGGGAAAUAUGCCAGGAAAUAAAAGGAAAUUAAUGGGAAAUGUAUCAAGAAAUGAUGGGAAACUAGGAAAUGUUAGGAAGUGUCGGAAUGUGUUAGAUGGUUUUGAAUAUUUAGGAAAUGUUGGAAUGUUUUAGGAGGUGAUAGGAGGUACUAGGAUACGUGCUAGGAUGUAUACUUUUCCAAUCGCUGACCAUAAAGCUCAGCGAGCUCUGUUUGGGUCCGCUCACACUGGUAAAUCACCACUGGAGUUCUCUAGCUAAACGCUCCAAUGAAAUGUUACUAACGUAUAAUCUUGAAACAGGGGCUACCAACUUUGUCACUGCCCUUUGUUUUCAUUGCACAUACAUAAACACUUGAUGUGUAUAAAAUAAAUAAUUAGAAUAAUAUAUUGUCUUCUGUUAAUGAAUUUGGACGAAUUACAUGUAACUAAUUGAUACGACAUUUCGUUUUUUAUAAAUAUUAUAUACCAUUCGAAGUGUAAAAAUCUACUGCGAGCGUCUUUAACUAUCCAAGUUGACGUACACAUAUUAAAGUCUAAGAAAAAAAUUGUAUUGUUUACAAAACUAUGAUUAUAUGUACAUAUAUUAUAAACAUCAAUCGAAAUUUUCAGUUGGAAACAACGGUAUAAAGAAAUUCCAAUAAAAUUGACGCGUUGUGAAAUCAGUUGGGUUAGGCUCAUUACAAAACAAAUGUGUUAAAGUUUUUAGAUGAAAGUGAACUCGUGUAUUUAAAUAUAGAAAUAUGUCGAUCGAUACAAAUUUCCAAGGGACCUGUAAAAAUGAUAUGGUUCAUAUGCAAUCUGUCAAUUUCGUUUGUCCAAUAUGUGACUGUCGAUACGAAAAUAAAAAAGAGAUUUACGAUCAUUUACAUAUACACGCUGGAGAUGUACUACUGAAGCAUAUACAAUGCUUAAAAAAUGAUGUAAACAAUGAAUCACUGACAGAAAUAGAUAAUUACAACCAGGAAAGGAUCAACGACAAUUUCUAUGAAAAUUCAAUAAGACCGUUUAAAUGUCAUCAAUGCGAUUUAACGUUUGAUCGAGCAUCUCAAUACGAUUACCAUUAUCGAAGUAUACACUUAGGUGAAAAAUCACAACUCUGCGAAAUAUGCGGUAAAGGAUUUUUCCGCAAAGCAGAUCUGCGAACGCAUUUAAACACUCACUUAGGAACAAAUAUUUGCAUUUGCGAAGUAUGCGGAAGAAAGUUCAAUCAUAUAUCUAAUCUAAUUAGGCAUGGUAGAAUGCAUGCCGGAGUAAAACCGUAUCCGUGCUCUAUUUGCGGUAAACGUUUCACUCAAAUUAGUUCCCUUGCGAGACAUAAACGUAUUCACGAACGUUCGAAGGAAGAUGUUAAACAUCAAGCUCAAAAUAUUUGCGACGGUGGAAUGGUAGAGAAAAAGGAUUACGCAUCGAAUAAGAAUAAGUUUGUCGAUGGGAAUGCAUCUAUUCAGCAAAAAGUAAUUAAGAGGCAACAUUACUGUAAGAUUUGCGGCGAAAGUUUCAGUUUUAUUUUCCUCUUACGAGAACACGAGAAGUCUCAUACAGGAAACGCUAUCAAUUUGGAGUACAAGAAUAACGAGAUGAGCUCCCAGAAAAUCACAGAACUUGAGGAGUAUAAAAGCGACAUAAAUAGUUUUGAUUUUCUCGAAAACGAAGAGAAUAUAAAAAAAAUAUUACCAUUGGAAACAAUUAUUUAUAUCACAUCGGAACAGUUGAAGAAAAUAAAUUUGGAGAACAUCGAACAUACAGGAAACCAUAUUUCGCAAGACCAGUUGCGCGAAACAGAUGGAAAAAUUGGUACAACCGAUGAAUUAAACAUCUCUGAGAAGCUAGGACUUCCUAACGAGCAAACCGAAUGCGAGGAUGAUAGUUCUAUUUUGUUAUACAGAUCCAACGAUUGCGAAGCAAAAGAAAAUAUGUUAUAUGUAUGUCAAGUAGACGAUCCUGUUCUUAAAGACAGAUUGGAUACUAAAUUCUCGAACACUCAUGAUAAUUUUACGCAAACGUACGAGUUAGAUUUAGAAAAAUCUGAGACGUUGCAGAGUUACAACGCCCUGACAAAUAUUUCUAUAAAUGUCACCGACAUGUUUCAAAAAAUAGAUCUAUCAGAACCCAGCAUCAACGAUAAAUCUGAUCUAGAUAUCUCGAGCGACGAAGGAAUAAAUUCAGCACGAGACGAAAAGAUUGCCGAAUGUCCAAACGAUGUAAAUAAUACCACGAGUCACGACGAACCAAUGCUACGUUUAGUACAAACGGAAACCGGGGAUCAAUUUUACGAAUUUCUUAUUAACAAUUUAGCCGAAAAAUUACCAAAUUUACAAUCUGUGAAAGCUUCCGAGACUAAAGAUGAAAACAUAAAUAUUUCUGAAAAUGUAACGAAUAUGUGUUUAAAUAUCAAUAAAGAUGUGAACGAAGAAGUUCGAGAUGAACAAAACAUACGAGACGUUAUUCAUAAUGAUCUACACUACACGCAUUACGAAUUGCAAGGCGAAGAAAAAAAUUUUGUUACGAAUCAGAUCUUGUUGGAUCCGCAGACUGAUUUUGACAAAUACGUUGAAACGAAUUUCGAGGUUUUCGAGAGAUUGCAUUACGAUGAUAGCUCGGAACGUUUUCUCGAAUUUGUAGAAGGUGCAGGUGUCGAAAGUGAGAGCUCCAAAAUUUUAGAUAAAGAGAGCGAACAACUGCUACAGUUUCAAAGUUUCAGUCAAAUCGAGUCCAUGCAAGAGAACGAUAAGAAUGAUGGUAUUAGCGAUAACGAACAGGCUCUUUUGACUUCUCUAACUGAAGACACGCAAUGUGAGAUAAACACAAAUAGUGAUCGAAUUGUCGAAGAAGAUGAAGAACAGGUGCAGGCCACUGAUUCUAUGUCAAGUAUUACGAAAUUAGAGGAUCAAGAGGACGAAUCGAAAAAGUCCAAAGUAUUUUUACUUAAAUUUCAAUGUACAGUAUGUGAAAAAUCAUUUUCGACCAGUUACAACUACAAACAACACAUAGGUACUCAUUUCGCGGACCAACAGAAGUUUCAUUGUAAAGAAUGUAAAAUGUCCUUUGCUUGGAAAUCGACGUUAAAUAAACACAUUGCGAGCAAUCACAGACCGGAAGGUCCGCAAAAGUUUGCGUGCGAUAUAUGCCAGAAAAUUUAUAAUACUUCUUCCCAAGUAAAUGAACACGUGAAGCGCGAUCACUUGAAACAACGAAAUCACGUUUGCUCUUAUUGCGGUAAAUCGUUUUUCAAGAAAUACGAUUUGAAGAUACAUAAUCGAAUCCAUACUGACGAACGACCAUACGUUUGUCGUGCUUGCGGGAAAAGGUUUCAUCAUCGAAGUCAUAUUAUUCGUCACGAACGUAUACAUUUCUAGAAAAGCGUGAGCUUACGUGGUUUGUUUGAAGGUUUAGAAAAACAGGUUAGGAAAUAUAUUUAUAAUCUACGGGCUUUUUGUUGCGGUAUCGGUUCAACAGUGAUCAUUAAUGGCGUUAUGUUGAUUACGUUAUAAUGUACGCUAAAGUAUUGUAAUGUAAAUAAUGCAAGGCUCCCCUGAUAUAUUGUUUCUUGGAAGAUUGUUAUUUUUUUAAUAAAAGAAGGUAUGACUGAAAAAA